UACACCAAAUUGGUUAUCCUUUCCACUUCCUUCUCCUUGAAUAAGAAGCUGUAACUGCAUUUUUGGCCGUAAUGUCUGGACGCGGAAAGCAGGGAGGCAAAGCUCGCGCCAAGGCCAAGUCGCGCUCGUCCCGCGCCGGCCUGCAGUUCCCGGUGGGCCGCGUGCACCGCCUGCUGCGCAAGGGCAACUACGCCGAGCGGGUGGGGGCCGGCGCGCCGGUGUACCUGGCGGCGGUGCUGGAGUACCUGACGGCGGAAAUCCUGGAGCUGGCGGGGAACGCGGCCCGCGACAACAAGAAGACGCGCAUCAUCCCUCGCCAUUUGCAGCUAGCCGUGAGAAAUGACGAAGAGCUCAACAAGUUACUCGGGGGUGUCACCAUUGCCCAGGGCGGCGUCUUGCCCAAUAUACAGGCGGUCUUGUUGCCCAAGAAAACGGAGAGUCACAAGCCUGGCAAGAACAAGUAA